AUGCAAAGCCUUGAGGAACAAUUCCAUGCGUUACGUGCACGUGUUUCUCAAGAACAGUGCGCAGUGUUGGGAAAGAAAGUGAAGCCUCGCCCGCCCUCGAUUAUGUGCGAGACGUUCUUGAUGUGUGUGGUACGAUGGUUGCGCAGGUUGGAAGAUUCCUGUUGGGAUAGCGAUAACCCAAAGCUCAAGUCUUUGAGGGAUUUAGUAGUAAAGUCUGCUUUGAAGAUUUGCGGUUACUCAUCUAUACGAACAGUUUGCUACCGUCUAUCGAUUUCACAACUGGAACGCAUCCAAAAGCUUUCGAGAUCUUAUCGUUACGAAUGGAUGAAGGAUACUACUCGCACUAGCAGGUUCAUGAACACUGUGUCGCAGUACCUCUUCCCUUCUCGGCUAUGUGGCAACGAAAGUGAAGACGAGGAUACACCUGAAAUGGUUGCACAAAGGACCAUAGAGAAGAAUAUGGUUAAAGAAGCUCUCUCCGAAUAUGCCUCGUACAGUCAUCUGCUGUAUAGGGACUGGCGGUUCCCUCUGUGCACUUCCUUGGGCGAGCACGUCACCUGUCCAUGGCAAGCGGCCAUGAUGUGGUCCGAGUCGACAAUGUUGGCUACACGACAGCUCUCGCGUUUCAUAUCAGGAAAGAUGAGUGGAUUUGCAUUUUCACAGCCGGCUUUGUUCAAGAAGAUGGUUGAGAAAUUACCUGCAGAUUUCACAUUGGUGCAAUUGGCGAUGUCGCAUGAUGGUUCCCUGCAUCUGAUAAAGUUGCACCGAGAUCGCGAGCCCAUAAUCAUGCCCGUUGCUCCGAAAUCGAAGGUGGAAACGGUUAAAGCUAUGAUGGACAAGUUGAUUGAAGAAAACUCGAGGACGUGCUGUUUGGGUAAAGUCACGAAUGACGCCAAAACGUUCUGGGCGGCACGACGAGCUGUUGAUGCUGAACUGAAGGCCAUCAUUCCACGAGUGCAGGAUCUCCUCCUGGCAGUCUGCGCCCCCGUCUCUCCCCUCGAAGAUCUUAAUCCGUAG